AUGGCUUCUACCAUGGCCGCAAAUGCAACCAGCGUACACAACGCACGAUCCAACCGGGCUUCCAACAUGAGUUCAUCCGGGAUGAACGACCGCAACCGCGGACCACAAGGCAACAGUGUCGGCAAGGGUUUCGGUGCUAGUAAGGCUAGCUGGAAGAACAACAUCUGGGGUGACUCCAACCUUGGAGGAUUCGGAGAUGAGCAACACCUUGGCGAGACUGCAUUCGAAGGGAAGUCAGGAUCGGGUUCCCUUCUCUCUACAUCGGAGUCAGACGGCUGGUCGGGACGUGCCAACUUGCCAUGGAGCACUGUCAAUACCAACCCCUCCUUCCAGAACAGAGGCCUCGCCACAUCACCCACCCAGACUCGUGCAAAUGACCGCAGUGCUCCUGCUAUCAACGAAGCUAGUGAUAGCUCUUACUUUGCUCUGCCUCGCACUUCUGGCAUCAGCACCGCCGCUGGCACCGCGAGCCACCGACCCUACCUCAACGCUGCGUCGGAGGGUGUGUCCCCGUCCGGAGAAGGCAUCUCCUUCGGUGGGUUUGCUGGCCGACGACAGAUGAACACGACCGGUCUCGGUGGCAGCCCCGUGGGAGCGACUUUCCCUGUGAAGCCUGGCUUUGCGAACCCUCUCGAUGGUGCAAGCGGAGAUGGCAUGGGUGCUUCAAUGGGCAUGACAUCAUUGGGAUCUGGAAUUGCCGAGCAUAUGUCUCCGCCCCAGGGUCGCAGCGCACUAUCGCACGCCUCUCACAACUCCGCCUCUUACACCACUCAACGUCCAGCUCACUCCGCCCAUCCCUCCUUCUACUCCGACAAUCACAGCAUCGAUGGCCGCUACAGCGGUGGCUCGAUGGACCUCAACGCCGGGUUUAGCAAGCUGCAGCUCAACGAAGCCAAUUAUGCGUCCCAAGCGGCUCAGCGACCCUCGUUCGUUCCUCAUGCAUCCUUUGAUGGCACUUUCCAGCGUGGGAAGUAUCAGAACAACGAAGACGCCUACCAAGCACUUGGAUACACCGGAGAUGCUGCACAGGAGAUGCAGCUUGCCUACCACGCACGAUCUAGAGCCGCGAACACUGGCUCGAUCUCACCAUCGGACUAUGCCCGCAUGGAUAGCCCCAUCUACACCGGCGUGGACGGCACUGCCGCCCAGUACCGCAACACAGGUGCAAAUGAAAGCCAAGUGGCAGCCUUUGAGCGCAGGCUCCGAAACUUCCAGGAGCAGGAGCUUGCCCAAGGCUCUUCGCGGAUGCAGUACCCUCCUUCUUACGAUUUCCAAGCUUACCAGGCUUCUCGUCUGAACGCUAUCUCCGGAUUCUACCCAGUAGGUCAACUUAGUGGCCUCGGUGCCGCAGCUCUCGUUUCGCGCACUCAGCGCGAGCAUGAUCCCACCCAGGUUGUCCGCAGCCCCCUCCUAGAAGAGUUUAGGGCCAACAGCAAGGGAAACAAGCGCUACGAGCUGAAGGACAUCUACAACCAUGUUGUUGAGUUCAGUGGUGACCAGCACGGCUCUCGCUUCAUUCAACAGAAGCUUGAGACCGCGAACAGCGACGAGAAAGAGCAGGUGUUCCGUGAGAUUCAGCCCAACUGUCUUCAGUUGAUGACUGAUGUCUUCGGUAACUACGUCGUCCAGAAGUUGUUCGAGCACGGCAACCAGACUCAGAAGAAAAUACUGGCUAACCAGAUGCGCGGCCAUGUUUUGGCCUUGUCGACCCAGAUGUAUGGGUGUCGAGUGGUCCAGAAGGCCCUGGAGCACAUCCUGACUGACCAGCAAGCUGCGAUGGUCAAGGAGCUGGAGAACCAUGUCCUCAAGUGUGUUCGUGAUCAGAACGGCAACCACGUCAUCCAGAAGGCCAUUGAGCGUGUUCCUUCGCAGUACGUGCAGUUCAUCAUCAAUGCCUUCCGCGGCCAGGUCAACAGGCUCGCCGCCCAUCCUUAUGGCUGCCGUGUCAUUCAGAGAAUGCUUGAGCACUGUGAGGAGGUAGACCGCCAGUCCAUUCUGGCCGAGCUUCAUGCCUGCACAUCCAACCUCAUCCCUGACCAGUUUGGCAACUAUGUCAUCCAACACGUUAUUGAGAACGGUGACGAGAAGGAUCGCACUCGCAUGAUUGACAUUGUCAUGGGACAGCUCCUGGCCUACUCCAAGCACAAGUUUGCUAGCAACGUGGUUGAGAAGAGCAUUGAGUUCGGUGCGGAACAUGAGCGUAUCCACAUCAUCAGUACCCUAACCUCUACGAACGACCGCGGCGAGAGUCCUCUCCUUGGUCUCAUGCGUGACCAGUAUGGCAACUAUGUCAUUCAGAAAGUGCUGGGCCAAUUGAAAGAUGCCGAGCGUGAAGCCCUCAUCGACCAGAUCAAGCCCCUUCUCAGCCAGCUGAAGAAGUUCAGCUAUGGCAAGCAGAUUGUCGCUAUCGAGAAGCUCAUCUUUGACCCUAACUCUCCUGCGACUGUCCCUCUGUCUCACACCACCUCCACCACUCCCCCUCACUCCCACAAAUCCUCCCCGCAACCCGCCAAGCGCUCAAUCCCAACUGAACAGCCCCGGGCCCCUUUCGUGGGUAACGCACCACCCACCCCUCCCCCGACGGAUGCCCAGACCACCGUCGAUACCACCCUUGAGUCGAAGGGCCUUGCUAAGAGCACAGUGACCUCGGUUUCGAGUCCCGAGACAGGCAACACCGGUGUUACCGUCCCGGUCGAUGUCACUAGUGCUCACUAA